AUGACGAUCCGAAUUGCAACGAACGCAUUGCUCCGUACGCUGACCAGCAGCACCCCGCCUGCACCUGCCGCACGACUCGCCCGGCCCGCCGCCUUUGCCGCCUCGUUCUCCACCACUGGCUCCCGCCUCGGCAUCUCCUCUAAACCGGACGUCCCCAACCCGACGCACACCGACCAAGGCGCGACCGGCCCGUCCCAGGCCACCAACAACGCAUCCGGGCCUUCCGGCACCGCGCCGGACUCCGCGCUGUCCGACCCCUACCCGCUGCCGUUUUCGCCCGACAUUGUCGACCUGAACAACGCCAACUCCGGUCCCGAAUCCGGGCCCGAGUCCAAGUGGGCGGGGCUGAACCUCGCGUCGGAUCGCCAGGCGCUCGAUGGUGUGGAUGCGCCGAUGCGGGUGCCCGGAAGAGAGGGCGAAGAGAGAGACACCAAGAUCGCCCGCCUCGUGUACCAGUGCCGCAAACGCGGGACACUCGAAACUGAUCUGCUGCUGAGCACGUUUGCGAAAAAGGAGCUCAAGAGCCUGCCCGAUGCAGAGCUCGAUGAGUUUGAUCGUCUGCUCGACGAACCGGACUGGGACAUCUUCUACUGGUGCACCCAGCGCAAACCCAUCCCCGAACGCUGGCACGCCUCGUUCCACACCCAGGGCAAACUCGGCCAUCGCCUCAUCACUCACACCAAGAACGAGGAAAAGGCCGUUCGAUGGAUGCCCGAACUGUGA